AUGGAUUUUCCUGGACCAAUACAUGAUUUUCUUUUAGUCUUUUUGGGCUUAGGUCUUAUCUUAGGAGGUAUAGGAGUAGUAUUAUUUACCAACCCAAUUUAUUCUGCCUUUUCGUUGGGAUUUGUUCUUGUUUGUAUAUCCUUAUUUUAUAUUCUAUUAAAUUCGUACUUUGUAGCUGCUGCACAACUCCUUAUUUACGUGGGGGCUAUAAAUGUUUUAAUUCUAUAUGCUGUGAUGUUCAUGAAUGGUUCAGAAUAUUACAAAGAUUUUCAUCUUUUGACCCUUGGGGAUGGGGUUACUUUGCUGGUUUGUACAAGUAUUUUUGGUUUACUAAUGACUACUAUUACAGAUACGUCAUGGUACGGGAUUAUUUGGACUACAAGAUCAAACCAGAUUAUAGAGCACGAUUUUCUAAGUAAUAGUCAACAAAUUGGAAUUCAUUUAUCAACAGAAUUUUUUCGUCCAUUUGAAUUCAUUUCAAUAAUUCUUUUAGCUGCUUUGAUAGGGGAAAUUGUCGUGGCGCGCUAG